AUGUACGGCAGCGGUUAUAACUCCGCCGCCCCUUACGUCGCCGCUGGCGUGACGGCGAUUACCAUUCCGCCGGACGUCGGCGGAGACGGCGGGGCUCCGCAACUGGCACUGAAAUCCCCGCACGCUGGCGCAAAGUUUUGGCGCAAGGUGCUGCGAUCGCCGGGAUUUAAGGACAUGGCGCGGAAGAAAGCGGCGCAGCAGCGGAGCAUGUCGUUCCAGCAGUUCGACCUGCUACAGUGGGCGGUUAAGAGAUCCGUUUGGCGGCCCGGGAGCGGGGAUGACGCCAUGCUGACGUUUCGCCCGGCAAAUCCGGAGGCUUAUGUGGAGCUAGAAGCGGAUUUUAUCUUCGGCGCAAAGUCUAUGGCGGUACUAUGUCAUCAGAAUGUGAUUCAACUGCUGGGUUACUGUUUCGAGUGCGGCGAGCGGGUGCUUAUAUACGAGUUCGUGGGGGGUCCGAGCUUGGAGUCGAUGAUUUUCGGGAAUGCCGACGUGUGGAAGGAGAAGAUCACGAUGUGGCGAAGAGGUUCGCGAAACGCUCGCGCGCUCAAGGACCUCGGGGUUGUCGCGGAGGGCGAGGAGGAAGGAAUACCGUUCGAUUUCCUGCACCGGCUGCUGAUUGCCGUUGAUAUUGCCGAGGCGGUCGCGUACCUGCACACGGAGUUCCCUAGGCCGUAUUUACUCGAGGGGUUGCAUCCGAAAAACAUUAUUUUCGACACGAACGGCGUUCCCAAGGUGGGCAACAUCGGGCGGAUGAAAGUUUUGAUGACCCGAGACAUCACUGGCGGUGCGAGCAUGCUGGGCGGGUUACCACACGCGCCGACGCUCGCAAUCAGUGGUUACAUCGACCCCAGUUUCAACAUCACGAGGAAAUCGUUGCCGCCCAAUGACGUGUACGCGUUUGGAGUUAUCCUCCUGCAGAUCUUCACCGGCCGCCCAGCCGUGAUCGAGAACGAGCCUGGCGAAGCUACCGCGAAGCUGGACCUAGGCACGUGGGUCUCGAAGCGCCUUAGGUCCGGAGGAGACGCCGGCAUAGGGAGUAUAGUGGAUCCGCGGCUCGGCACCGCCUACCCUGCUGACGUCAUUCGGAGAGUGUUACAGGUUGGGUUGGACUGUCAACUUUUCCCCGCUAAGAAGCGCCCCGCUAUGAAAAAGCCCGAGGCUGGGGAAUUCGUGGUUGGGGAGGAGGAGGGGGGAAAGGUGAGUGGAGGCGGCGAGAAGAUGGGGGAGGGGGCGGCGGAGGUUAGUGGGGGGGAGCUGGGGGAGGGGGUGGCGGAGGCUAGUGGGGAGGAGAUGGGGGAGGGGUUGGUGGAUGUUAGUAGGGAGGAGAUGGGGGAGGGGGUGGUGGAUGUUAGUAGGGAGGAGAUGGGGGAGGGGGUGGUGGAUGUUAGUAGGGAGGAGAUGGGGGAGGGGGUGGUGGAUGUUAGUAGGGAGGAGAUGGAGGAAGCUACUGGGAAGGCAGAGAGAGUAGGUAGAAGUGAGCAAGAGAGUGAGGAGGGGAUUAGAAAGGAAGAUGCAGGGGAGAGGGGCAGUGUGGGAGAUGUGGGUGUGGGUAAGGAUAGCAGUGAGGAAGGGAAGGGGGAUGAGAAGGCUGAAGAUCAGAAGAAGGGGAAGAAGGGGAAGAAGGAAAAGAAGGAGAAGAAGGAUAAGAAGGAGAAGAAGCGGAAAGAGGAGGAGCAAACAGAGAGGGAACAAGUGGAGGUUGGGGCCGACAGCAACGUGUAG